AUGAAUAGCCUGGAUCAGCACGAGUUGGAGGCUGAAGCAACUAAAAAGAGGAGAUCCUUAAACGACUCGUUCUCCAACAAGACCUCCUCUCGCUCAAAGAAAAUCAAAAGAGAAAAGUUUAUUCCACCACUACUCUCCAAUAAGCCUUCUCAUCAAUAUAAAUUUGAUGCUUCCAGAUUUGAGUCAGAAUUGGAUUAUUUAAGAUUCUUGAUGGAUCAAAAGGAUAAGGAAUUGGAGUUAUUGAAACGAAGUGUACUUACUCUGACUCACAAUCUUUCCAACAUUGAAGAAGAAGAGGAAGAAAUUGAAACAGCUACCGAGAAAUGGCUUGCAGCUACUCAAGAAAUACUGCACGCACUACAGAACAAAACCAAGCUUGAGAUGAGACAAAUACUCGAACAGCUGAACAUUGAGCAUGAUGAUGUACAAUAUGAUAGCGAGAAUGAUUCAUUUUCAUGA